GAUUUUGGCCGUCAAAAAACGAGUGUGUUGGCUCAAUUUUAGACAAAUAUUAAUCAAUUAUCACCUAAUUACUAUUUAUAAUGACUGUUACGCUGUUUAAGUAGUCUUCAAAUUAGUUUAAUUGACUUAUCGCCGAGUCAACAACACGGAAGCGCGAUAGUCUUCUUUGUUUGAGUUUUUGUUAUAUCAUCAUGAUUAAUAUUUUGUAACUGUGAAUAAAUUAGUAUUUCGGUGGAUUUUCGUAUGGAAAUUGACAAAAUGGAAGUGCGGGAAGCUGGGGACGGGGCCGCGGCGGGUGAAUUUGUGAGGGUUCCGUCAAAAAGAUACACCUGGUCGGAAGUAAGGCAAGCGGUACAUGACUUGAGGAAGGAGUUGUCUUCGCUUUCCACGAUGGUUCCAAUGGCCAUUUCGUUCCGUAAACUUGGCAAUGGGAAGACCAGGAUCUACUUUCUGAGGACGCCACAGAACGGCUGGGAGAUAACCCUGCUUUACACUGAUGUGACACCAUCUCCUCAUGCCAACAAUACCAGAUUGGAAUGGAAACCACUAAUCGAGUCCAACGUUGCCCUAGGAGUGAACUCAGGCAAAUGGUCCAGAGAGGAGCAAUUGCUAUGGGAGCGGCAGCGCGUAGCCGCAUGCGGUAUUGCGUCCUAUGAAUUGCAUCCUAGCGGACGCGUGCUGUUCCCUUGCUCCUCAUCGCUGUUUGUUUGUGAUGAGGAAGGAAACCAGACGCCUCCGCUGGUGCCUCGGGCUCUCCACCUCGGCAGCGGGGCCCCGCUCACGCCCGCAAUGUGUCCACGAAGCCCCGCAUUAGUCGCUCAUGCAGCGCGAGGCGAUAUCUGGCUGGCUGGACCCGGUCUUCGCCCACAGCGACUCACAUAUGCCAGUACUGACAGCGCUAGGUUAAGCGACGACCCGAGGCAAGCUGGAGUGCCCUGCUACGUCACUCAGGAGGAGUUCUCCCGGUAUACUGGUUUCUGGUGGCAACCAUGCUCAGACGAUGAUGUGUUCAGGAUAGUGUACGAGGAAGUAGACGAGAGUAACGUGAAGAUAUUCAGUUUCCCUUCUUCCCAGUCCAGUAACGGAGAUGUGGAAGAAUUUAGAUUCCCAAGGGCAGGAACGCCUAAUGCCAAGUCAAUAUUACGUCUGGUCACCUUCAAGCUACAGAAGGCUUCGCCCACAGUCCUCGAUUAUUACUACGAAGGCAACUCUGAUUCACAAUCAUCAGAAAAUACUAACGACGCAAUGGAGGUGACAGACAUCCGGUGGUUUGAUCUCAGACAGUCGUUGAAAGAGACCUUCCCUUGGUUCGAAUACUUAGCUCGUGUCGGUUGGACCCCCUGUGGAAACUUCGUAUGGGUGCAGCUACUAGACCGCAAGCAGCAGCGAUUGGAGCUAGCACUAGUUCCGGUGCGAGAGCUGUGUGCGCCGGCGCACUACCCUGCUGCGCCUGCGCGCGCCGCGCAUGCGCCGCAAGAAAAUCCCGAACAGCCAAUACAAAUCCUAGUCCAAGAGACAGCGCCAGACGUAUGGAUCAACGUUCACGACAUACUUCACUUCCUACCCCCUUUGGAACCUGGCACCAUCCGGUUCAUAUGGGGCUCGGAGCAGACUGGACACUUGCAUCUGUACCUCAUCACUUGUAGGAUAGCUAGGGGACCACCGGAGAGAAUGAGAAGCGUUAUGGAAAUGAUAACGGAAGAAGAGAACCUAGCGGUCGGACCGAAUAUUAUUAGCAAGGAACCCAUCACUGCUGGCGAGUGGGAGGUAUUAGGCAGGAAAAUAUGGGUAGACGAAGCCCGCAACCUAGUGUACUUCGUUGGUCUCCGAGAAACUCCUUUAGAAAGGCAUUUAUACGCCGCGCCCUUAGCCCCGCCGAGACCACAUCAAGUAACUUUGUUAACCACCGUAGGACAUUCUUGCGCUGUAGAUAUGGACGACGAAUGCACCCUGGCAGUUAUAACGUCGAGCAACAUCAGCACAGCGCCAUCUACACGAGCGUAUCGCAUCGCACACACGCCAGGACCCACCUUAGUCGCGCAAGGACUUCUCAUGGACCGAGCACCGAGCGAAACGUCGUCAGACAGCAGAAGUUACAAUGGUUCCUGGGACAGCCGCUCUGGAGAUGGUGACAAUGAUGAAAAUGACUCCAGCGAAGCCUCUAUACUCGUCAAAGAGCACGCCCUAAACACCAGCCUCUGCGUGCCUCCCCCCCAAAUCUUCACCACACGCCUGUCUUGCGGGCUCCCGGCCUACUGCACGCUGUGGCGCGGCGCCCGCUCGGGGAGAGGCCCCACAGUCUUGCACGUGUACGGGGGGCCUGAGGUGCAGACUGUCACCAACAGCUACAAGGGCAUCAGACAACUCCGCAUGCAUAUGCUGGCCGCCCGCGGUUUCAACGUAGUCGCCAUAGAUUCCCGGGGCUCCAAACACAGAGGGCGCGCCUGGGAGGGGGCUAUAAGGGGCAAGAUGGGGCAGGUUGAGCUAGAUGAUCAGGUGGAGGUAUUACAAUGGCUGGCGAAAGAGACAGACUGCAUAGACAUGGAACGGGUCGCCAUACAUGGAUGGAGUUACGGUGGUUACCUAUCGCUCCUCGGUCUAGCCACGCGGCCAAACAUCUUCCGCGUGUGCGUGGCCGGGGCUCCAGUGACCUGCUGGCGGCUCUACGACACGGCAUACACGGAGCGCUACAUGGGACUCCCGGCGCGGGCGCCGCACGCCUACACGCGCGCCUCCGUGCUCGCGCACGCGCCUUUCUUCCCGGACCAGGAAGGCCGUUUACUAAUAAUCCACGGGCUGGCCGACGAAAACGUCCAUUUCUGCCACACGGCGGCGCUGCUGUCCGAGUUGGUUCGACUCGGCAAACCUCAUCGGGUACAGGUAUACCCAGGAGAACGUCACUCGCUCCGCGCGAUGCACGCCGCGAAGCACUACGAAGCCACCUUGCUCCACUUCUUACACGAAAACCUGUAAAUUGUAUUAUACACUUAGGAUAACUAGCGUAAGAGUCACUGUCGCUUAGACGCGUAGCGCCAUCUAGGUUUAACGAACAUUCAACAGAAAAGGUUGGCAGCGCCAUCUAGUUUAACGAACAUUCAAAUAGUUUGCCAGUUGUGUCGAGCAACUAUGCAAUGAGGUAAGAAAUGAAAUGUUUUAUGAUGCUCUAAUGUGUACUAAAAUAGAAAAGCCGUUUGCAAAUCUUUUUGUUUGACAUAUUUAAAAAUA